AUGACAACCGGUGAAAAGCUGCUCGCGCGACUCUCGUUGCAUUUUGAGCAAGAUCCUCUCAUAGACGAGAUCGGACUGCUCUUUGGCAUCGAGCAGAGCGACGUAACACCCGAUACCGCCUUUUGUUUGGAGAAUCACAAGCUAGGCGUGGCUUUUACAGCCGGUGUAUCGUUAUUUCAAGCAGCCCGUACGAAAUUCCACUUGCUAAACGUGCUAUUGCAGCAAGAAGCGGUGGAAAUGACGCAGUCAGAGGACAAUGGACGUCGCGCCCAGCUGCUGCAUUGCACGCGCGCCAUUCUCCUCAUUAGUGCCGACUUUUAUACAGCAUGGAACACUCGGAAGUCUUUCGUGACUCGAGGAUGGCUGGACGCUCAGGACGAGGUGCAAUUUACCAACUUGGUCUUUACUCUGCACCCAAAGAGCAUUGAUACGUGGGCUUAUCGACGCUGGCUUGCUAUUCGCUUGUGUCAAUCGCUCUCUGAAGACGAGUUACGAACGUUUUACGAGCAGCAGAUUGAGGUUUCCAGUCGGCUAGCUGAAGUAAAGCCCAGAAACUAUCAUGCAUGGAGCUAUCGCCACUGGAUUGUCUUUCGACUUCCGCUAGAUCUGACGCUUAAGGAGCUCAACACCAUGGAAUGCUGGUGUAAAACUCAUGUUACCGAUCACUCGGGUUGGAACCAUCGCCAACACAUACUGAAUGAGUUAGCAAAAAAAUACCAGGACGCCGGUGGUGUUGCAGGAUCCUGGCAAAACCUAAUUCUUGCGGAAUUCAAGUUCUUGUCGGAGGUCAUGGCAACAUACCCAACCUACGAGGCACUUUGGUGCCAUCGACGUUACGUGAUGCAGUGUUUGCUCAAGCAAAUGUCGCGAAGGGCAAAUAGCGAUCUGUCUUUGGUGCUUGUGCUGAUCUCCCAAGUGACAGGGACUCUUUUGGAUACGAAGCUAGAUUUUUUUGAUGCUGCAGCUUUAGAAUUGUCAUGGGGGAGAUUGAGACUGGUUGGAGGUGUGGAAAUCAGUUUUCUCGGCAUUAUGCCGCUUGGUGUCUUGCUCGACUUCGUACAUUCUUUAGAGGAAGACAUACUGGAGUGA